AUGCAUGCCACAGUCGACGGUCCAACUUCCUCGGCGACCGACAUCGCGUCCCCCAGCGCGUCCGUUUUGUCCGUGUCUCCUCCCCCCGCGGUCUCCGGCUCCCCCAAUGAUAACGGCCCUUCCCCUCUUCGCCGUCUCAAAUCCAAAUCUUCCCUGUGGAGUGUCGGCAGCAGCAAUCACGACGACGAAGCUUUCCCAGAGCCUACCAGCGCCGAGAAGAACGCUAAACCGAACAUCUUCCGCCGCUUAUCGCCCGCCCUCGCGGCUCGGGUGAAGCUGCUCGACGGCAGCAACAAGGGCAACAACAACAACAAGAACGCCAGCGCAGUCGGUCGGAUCCCCGAGGAACACCUCAAGGAACUCGACAACUUGCACCAGGACCUCUCCAUUAAAGUUGAGAAGAAAGGCCAGGCGUGGGCCGGCGUGACGCACACCUCCCCGAGCCAAACACAUCUCCAAAAACGGACAGCGUCGAAUAGGCUCGAGCUUCCCAGUUUCGAUUUCCUCCACGAAGUCUCUGAGGCGCGAUCGCAAGGACAAGAACACGCUGACGUGGUCGUCGACAGCCCGGAACCUCCUGUUCUAGCUGCCGCUCACCCCCGGCGGGGACUGUUCCAGACACACCAAGCACUGGGGGCUGACCCGGUACCGAAAUCGUUUUCCCAUGAUGCCGCACAGGAUACACGUACAGACUUCGAGAAAUAUGUUGACGACACCAAACGGAACGAGGAGCGAUCAGAAUCAGCAGCACCACCUCCCCCGCCGAAAGAUUCCCCUCCCGGCCACAACUAUACCUUCUCCUCUUCUUCGAACCCGCAAUCCUACUUCAACUACGCGGCAUCUUCACGCGCCGAAUCCAUCUACUCGUUCUCCCGUGCCUCCUUCAGCAACCAGCUUUCACAACUCACGUCGAUACCGCUUCCCCAGCCCGCCGCACUUGAGACCAGUAUAACGAACAUCCAGACGGCCCUUGCGGCAGUUCGCGCACUCAACGGCCACGCAGAGCAAAUUCAAAUAUGGAUCAGGAAGGCAUCGGACGUGCUCAGUGGACUAGAUGCCGAAGAUGACGUCGAGUGGGCGGCGGCUGGCGGCCGCGAGGGUCUUGAUGGAGUCGACAAAGCCAUCACUCGCUUUGAGUCGUUGGUCAAUGUUUACGUGAGCGCUAUUGAAAAAGUGCAACUGCGAGACGACAUUGCUACUGUGGAUUCCGAGAAUUUGAAGACGAUCGUUGGCCAGAUGGACAGUAUUUUGCAGCACUGGACCCAAAUCAAGACUAAGCUGAAAGGUGUGAAGGAGCAAGUGGAACUGGCGAUGGAGUGGGAGGAAUUAUGGUCGAAUGUGCUGGGCGAUGUGGGCAUGGAAAUCGAUAACUUGAGCGGAAUGAUCUUCGAGAUGGAAGAAAAGCGACACCAGGCGCUCUUGGACAACGGGCCCGAGACGAGUGGCGGCGUUGAUAUCAAUGAGCUCGAGACGAUCGUGGAAGAAUCCCCGUCUAAAGGCCGGUCACACGGUCACGGUCGGAUGAGUCUAGGCGCGAUCAUGGCGAGCGCAUCGAACACGCCCAUCAUCAAGACUCCCCAGGACGAUUCUACGGCCAAUCUCAUGGCUCUCUUUGCCCGCAUGCAGCCUCUUCGAGCAUCUCUGGAUUUCCUGCCCAUGCGACUCUCCAUGUUCCAAUCGCGAGCCGAGGCAAUUUUUCCGAGCGCGUGCGAGGAGCUUGAUGACCGUCGAUCUCGCCUUGAGAAGAGUUUCAAAGUGCUCCAAACAGAUUCCGAGGCACUCCAGAAGGAAUUGGGUGAGGACAAGUGGAUCAUGGUGUUCCGCAAUGCGGGAUCUCAGGCACAGAAAAUGUUCGACUCGGUUGAGCGCAGCAUCUCUAAGCUUCAGGAAGGUUUGGAGAGCAACGCACAAGUCAACAACCCCGGAGCUUUCACCAAGCGCGUUGAGACGUACGAGACGAAGAAAACGCAUUAUCUCCCUGCGAUUGAGCGUGUGAUCACCAUCAUCCAGAAGGGCAUCAAUGAUCGCCUUACGGUUAAUGGUGAGGUACUCCGGCUGUUGUCUGAUAUGAAGUCCCGAACAGAUGCCCUCAAAGCCAGUCUGAGGGUGAUGGAUGCUUCUUUGGAAGAUGUUCAAAUCAUUCGAGGUCAGCAGCUGCGUGAUUCGAUCUCCAGCAUUAUAACGAUGGAUAGCCCUGCGACAGGCAGUGCCAUCGAGACUCCUGGAAGUUCACCAGCAUCAUCAGUUGUGCUUGGAGGGAGUGGAUAUAAGACACCGAUGGGUGGCUCGAGUCGCCGUGAAAGCUCCGCCGGCAGCACCACAGCCCGUUCAACAAUGUCGAAUGUGCGGCGAUUCUCGGGCCUGCCGCAGCCGACAACUACCUUGACUGGACGCAAGUCUUCCAUUCCCGUUCCCUCUGGGAUGGGAUCUCCGCCAUCCUCCAAGACGAGCUAUGCCACUACACCAACUCCUGCCAGUCGCAGAAUGUCUCGCACUCCGCAGCCGCCAUCAACCAUUCCUAAUCGGCCGCGAUGGAAUGCUACCACCAACGCGAAUGAUGUGGAUACUGGUCACAACUUCAAACCCUUGAGUGCUACGACUCCCAGUAACUACCGGAAAUCGUCUGCCCCAACGCGAACACCCAGACCAUCAUCGACGAUGGCAUUCCGGCGAGACAUGAAUGCUUCUCCAGCUCCCGGUGCUGGACCUGGUGGGCGCUCGAUCAGUCGACUGUCCAGUCGCUUGGCCUCAGCUUCUCGCAGUCCCGUGCGAAAUAUUUCCUCCCCUACCUUCGCUCGAUCCUCACUUCUCGACCCACCACCUUACAGCCGCCUUCGCAGACCCUCUGGCGUCUCAAACGCGUCUGGAAUGUCAAGCACCCCACGCAGCCGACAAAGCUUCGCUGGUGUUGGCUCUUUCAGUCGCAGUGUAUCAACAAAUCAAGAAUUCAGUGAAAGUCCAAGCAAGUCCACGCGACCUGGCACUGCCUUGGGCCACUCCGGAAACAAGCGAAUGAGUCUACUUCCCCUGCCACGGCCGCGGACCGAGAAGGACCGCACCGCUGCGCAGAAGAAACUCGACGCCCGGCCGCCAUGGAGGGCAUGA